GUUGACAGAUUGAAUGAGUGAAUAAAUGAAUCUUUAAGAAGUGGCUAGAGAAGAACUUGUGGCAUUCAGGAAAGGAGGAGGAAAAACAUUAGUAAAAAUGCACUUUCAAAAAGUUGGUGGGAAAGGCUUGAGAUUUCAUGUGGGGCUUUAAAAAUAUUGCACAGCGAGUACAAGCAUACCACAAAGAGUAACGGGAGCUGGCAAGAACCUGGGAGGUAGUGAUUGGCUGGAGGCAGCUGCCUUCUGGGAGCUGAUUGGCUCUACGGCUCGCCUGAGGGGUAUGUAUCGUCAAGAUCAAGAUCCAGACAUUCUGUUGUAGCCCUGUUGAACUCUGAGCCAGUCUGUGGAAUCCACUGACAAGAGCCAAACAAUACCUCCUUAUCCACCUGAGCUGUCAUUAAGACGGAUAUGAGUGGGUUUGGGAGCUUUGGCAGCAACUCUGCUGUGGGUGGAGCCAGCGGAGGCAACAACCAACCAUGUGAAGGAAGCACGGAUCCUGCUGCUACGGCCGGAAGGUCCAAGGCUCGGAUCCAGGACCUUAUACCUUGUUGUGUAAACCAGCUGCUGACCUAUAUGGUGGACAAUGUGUUCAAGAUUAGGGGAAUUGCGAUUUUCCAGGUCUCUGUCGUAGGGAUAAUCAGACAGGCAUAGUGGACUCCACACUACAUUCUUUACAAAAUAGAUGAUAUGACCUCGAGGCCUAUCGAGGUCCGGCAGUGGGGUGGCAGAGAUAAAGCAAAGCAGGGGCUGACUCUCCUUCCAGUGGGAGUCUAUGCCAAAGUGUUUGGUAUCCUCAAAUGUUCUGCUGAAACAAAGAGCCUUGAAGUAUUGAAGAUCCGGGUCCUGGAGGACAUAAAAGAGUUCACCACACAUAUUCUGGAAACAGUCAAUGCACACAUGAUACUGGAUAAAGCCCGCCAAGCGGCCAUUGGGGAUAGUGCGCCUGUCUUCCCACCAGGAAUGGAUGAUGCUCGAGAUUAUGGCAAAUACCGCCUCAUCUUCAUUCGGAAAGAAGUGCUGCGUUUGAUUCACGAGUGCCCUCGACCGGAAGGAAAGAGCCUUCGGGAGCUCCAGGCAGAGCUUCGCAGCCUGAGUAUCAGGGCCAUCAAGCAAGCAAUUGAUUACCUGACCGUCGAGGGCCAUAUCUAUUCCACUGUGGAUGCGGAGCAUUUUAAAUCCACUGACUGAGGCAGCUAAAACAUUUUUUUUUCCCCCAGAAGACCCUUGCCUCCAGCUGUGAGUAAUUUUGACCUGUUGACUUUUAGGAAGUAGAAUUUUUCAAUGAAAGUUCUCAACUAGCAUCCUUUUGAAACUCUCUGCUUUCCAACAGUUUUUGAACUUUUCUGUUUUUCUAACUGUAUUUGAAGCCCAGGGGGAGAUGGAGAUGGAUAAAUUGACUGGGCUUUUUGUAGUAAUUACCAGCACGUUAGUGAAAACGUUCCAGGAUGGAUGAAUUUGAGGAAGAAAAGGUACAGAAGGUUGAAAAUCAUUAUAUAAUUAUGUGGGAGCUGCUUUUUCCCGAAAUGUCUAUAUAUUAGGAGAAAAUAGAUGCACUCAGGGAGACAGCUAAGAGACAAAAAGAAAAGCAA